CCCAUGCCAUUGCUGAGCACCCUCUCAGUGUGUGAACAAGCUCUGCUCUCGGAAGGAUCAUUCCCAAACGCAACACCGCUCUCUGGCCGGGAUUGUAACACGGGGAAGAAGACCCCUUGAUUUUGUUCCCCCCCGUUUUGUGGAAUCAUACAAGAGCACCUUGAAGAAUAUUUUUUUUUGGAGGGAUAAUCCUUUUUUUUUGGAUACCGUUGGAUUGCCUUUCCCGGGAUUAGAACACACUUUGCUCUGGAAUAAGUGCCUGAAAGUGAAAAGGAAUAAAAACGAGAUUUAUUCGUAAUUGACAUGAAUGGGCUUUAACCUUUGAUCGUGUCAGAGCGGGACGCGUCUAAGCAGGGGGACGACGAGCGAGGGCGGCGGCGGCAGCAGCAGCAGCAGCAGCAGUGCCGACCUUGAGACAUGGCACCCCCGCCACACAGAGGGGCGUGUCUCGUCCUGCCCCUGCUCCUCAGCUGCGCUGCCAUCUCCUCUGUGGCAGACAACCUGCCGAGCUUCAUCAAAUCCCCCGAGGACCAGACGGGCAUCUCGGGCGGCGUCGCGUCCUUUGUGUGCCAGGCCGCCGGCGAGCCCAAACCCAGAAUCACCUGGAUGAAGAAGGGCAAGAAAGUCAGCUCGCAGCGCUUUGAGGUGAUCGAGUUUGAUGACGGUUCGGGGUCCGUGCUGCGCAUCCAGCCGCUGCGCACGCACCGCGACGAGGCCAUUUACGAGUGCACGGCGGCCAACAGCGCCGGCGAGAUCAACACCAGCGCCAAGCUGACCGUGUUUGAAGAGAACCAGAUCCCCCACGGCUUCCCUACCAUCGACAUGGGCCCCCAGCUGAAGGUGGUGGAGCGGACCAGAACCGCCACCAUGUUAUGCGCUGCCAGCGGAAACCCCGACCCGGAGAUCACCUGGUUCAAGGACAUGCUGCCUGUGGAUAUCAGUAGUAGCAACGGUCGCAUCAGACAGCUCCACUCAGGAGCUCUACAAAUUGAGAACAGCGAGGAGUCCGACCAGGGCAAAUACGAAUGCAUCGCCACCAACAGCGCCGGCACCCGUUACUCGGCUCCCGCCAACCUCUACGUGCGAGUACGCAGAGUUCCGCCAAGGUUCUCCAUCCCGCCCACCAACCAGGAGGUGAUGCCGGGCGGCAGCGUCAACUUGACGUGCGUGGCCGUGGGCUCGCCCAUGCCCUACGUCAAGUGGAUGAUGGACUUGAAGGAGCUGACCCGCGAAGAGGAGAUGCCCAUGGGCCGAAACGUGCUGGAGGUCACCAAUAUCCGCGAGUCGGGCAACUACACCUGCGUGGCCAUGUCCUCGCUGGGCAUCAUCGAAGCCACGGCGCAGGUCACCGUCAAAGCCCUGCCAAAGCCCCCCGUUUCUCUCGUGGUGACCGAAAGAACUGCCACCAGCGUGACCUUGACGUGGGACUCUGGCAACCCAGAACCGGUAUCCUACUACAUGAUCCAGUACCGGGCCAAGGCGUCGGAUAACGCCUUUCAGGAGGUGGAGGGCGUCGCCACGACCCGCUACAGCAUUGGCGGCCUGAGCCCCUACUCGGAGUACGAAUUCCGGGUCAUGGCAGUCAACAACAUCGGUCGCGGGGCGCCCAGCGAGCCGGUGGCGACGCGCACGGGCGAGCAGGCCCCGUCGUCGCCCCCGCUCCGUGUCCAAGCGCGCAUGCUGAGCGCCACCACCAUGCUGGUCCAGUGGGACCCGCCCGAGGAGCCCAACGGGCACAUCCGGGGCUUCCGCAUCUACUACAGCUCAGACCACGCGGCGCCGCUCAGCGCCUGGCACAAGCACAACACGGACGACAGCAGCCUGACCACCAUCUCUGGGCUGACGCCGGACAUCACCUACAGCCUCAGGGUGCUGGGCUUCACCUCCGUGGGGGACGGCCCGCCCUCCGAGGUGCUUCAGGUCAAAACGCAGCAAGGAGUCCCAUCCCAGCCGUCGGGCUUCGUGGCCGAAACGGAGCUGGACACCCGCGUCUUGCUCUCCUGGCUGUGGCCCCUCCAGGACCCCAUCAUCAAGUACGAGCUGCAGUACUGGGAGGCCGGCACGGACAACAAGAUCCACGUGACCUUCGAUCCAGCCGGCUCUUACGCCGUGGACGGCCUGAAGCCCGACACGCUCUACCGCUUCUCCCUGGCCGCCCGCUCCGAAAUGGGCUUAGGCGUCUACACCCAGGCCAUCGAAGCUCGCACGGCCCAGUCCAUGCCGGGAGCUCCGCCGCGGAAGCUGGAGGCCGAGGCGGUCAACUCCACCGCCAUCCGCGUGACCUGGAAGCCGCCGCUGCAGAGCAAGCAGCACGGCCAGAUCCGAGGCUACCAGGUGGCCUACACGCUGGUGGAGAACGGCGAGCCGCGCGGGCAGCCCAACAUCCUCGACGUGGUCUUGGCGGAGGAGCAGGAGGCCUUCAUUACCGGACUGCAGUCUGAGACCACCUACUCCAUUGCCGUGGCGGCGUACACCACCAGGGGAGACGGACCUCGUUGCAAACCGAAAUUGGUCACCACCACCGGAGCAGAUUUCCCCACCUUGAAUUUCGGGGUCAAAGCAGUCAUGAAGACGUCGGUGCUCCUCACCUGGGAUUUGCCGCCCAACUACAAGUCCCAAGUGCCUUUUAAGAUCCUGUACAGCCAGCAGAGCGUGGAGGUGCAGGGCAACCUCAAGCGGAAGCUCAUCACGCAGCUGCAGCCCGACACCGACUACUCGUUCGUGCUGACCAGCCGUGGCAACAUCGCCGGGGGUCUGCAGCAGCAAGUGUCCAUCCGUACCGCUCCCGACCUUAUCAAGACCAAGCCUUUGUACAGCGCCCAUCAGGCUCAGGGCGGCAUGAUGACCAUUAACCUGCCCAAGGUGCAGACCACCACACGUGUCAGGUGGUACUACAUUGUCGUUCUGCCCGUGUCCCAGUCGAGCCGGCGUUGGAAGAAUCCGGAUGAGAUGGACCUGGAUGAGCUUCUGAAAUCGAGCGAAGGCCCCGCGCUGAGGCGGCGGCGGCGUCAUCUGGACUCGUCCAAGCCUUACAUCGCCGCCAAGCUGGCGUUGCUGCCGCCCGCCUUCACGCUGGGAGACGAGAAGCGCUACAACAACUACUACAACAAGCCGCUGACCAGCGGGCAGGAGUACGUCUGCUUCGUUUUGGCCGUCCUGCGAUCCGAGGGCAGCGACAGCGCCUCCAAUUACAUGACGUUUUCCGCCAGUCCCUAUUCGGACCUCAUCCAGGUCACCUCGCAGUCGCUGGCUCGGGGUGCGGAGCAGACGGAAAUGCUGUGGGUGAUGGGCCCCGUGUUUGCCGUGGUGCUCAUCAUCAGUGUCGUCAUAGCCAUCCUGCUCUACAAAAAGAAGCGGGCGUCACCCCUGCCCAAGGACGAGCAGUCGGGUGGAGUGAAAGACUCCCUGCUGGGCAACUCCUCCGACCCCGUGGAGAUGAGACGACUCAACUACCAGACGCCAGGGAUGCGAGAACACCCGCCCAUUCCCGUUGCCGGCCUCGCCGACCACAUUGAGCACCUCAAGGCCAAUGACGGCCUGCGUUUCUCUCAGGAGUAUGAGUCCAUCGACCCGGGCCAGCAGUUCACCUGGGAGAACUCCAACAUGGAAGUGAACAAGCCAAAGAACCGCUACGCCAAUGUCAUCGCCUACGACCAUUCCAGGGUGGUGCUCACUUCCGUCGACGCGGUCCCGGGCAGCGACUACAUCAACGCCAACUACAUCGACGGCUACCGCAAGCAGAACGCCUACAUCGCCACGCAGGGACCGCUGCCCGAGACGCUGAGCGACUUCUGGAGGAUGGUGUGGGAGCAGCGAUCCAGCACCAUCGUCAUGAUGACGCGACUGGAGGAGAAGUCUCGGGUGAAGUGUGACCAGUACUGGCCGGCGCGAGGAACCGAGACCUACGGCAUGAUCCAGGUCACCAUGCUGGACACGGUGGAGCUGGCCACUUACAGCGUCCGCACUUUCGCACUCUACAAGAACGGCUCUAGCGAGAAGAGAGAGCUGCGGCAGUUUCAGUUCAUGGCCUGGCCCGACCACGGCGUGCCCGAGUAUCCCACUCCCAUCCUGGCCUUCCUGAGACGCGUCAAAGCCUGCAACCCUCCGGACGCCGGGCCCAUGGUGGUGCACUGCAGCGCGGGCGUGGGCCGGACCGGCUGCUUCAUCGUGAUCGAUGCCAUGUUGGAGCGCAUGAAGCACGAGAAGUCGGUGGACAUCUACGGCCACGUGACGUGCAUGCGGGCCCAACGCAACUACAUGGUACAGACCGAGGACCAGUACAUCUUCAUCCACGAGGCGCUGCUGGAGGCGGCCACGUGCGGCAACACGGAGGUGCCGGCGCGCAAUCUCUACGCGCACAUUCAGAAGCUGACGCAGCCGCCGCCCGGCGAGACGGUCACCGCCAUGGAGCUGGAGUUCAAGCGCCUGGCCAACUCCAAGGCCCACACGUCCCGCUUCAUCAGCGCCAACCUGCCCUGCAACAAGUUCAAGAACCGCCUGGUGAACAUCAUGCCUUUCGAGUCCACGCGCGUCUGCCUGCAGCCCAUCCGCGGCGUGGAGGGCUCCGACUACAUCAACGCCAGCUGCAUCGACGGAUACAGACAGCAGAAGGCCUACCUGGCCACGCAAGGCCCGCUGGCGGAGACCACCGAGGACUUCUGGAGAAUGUUGUGGGAGCACAACUCCACCAUUGUCGUCAUGCUCACCAAGCUACGGGAGAUGGGACGGGAGAAGUGCCACCAGUACUGGCCGGCUGAGCGCUCAGCCCGCUACCAGUACUUUGUGGUGGACCCCAUGGCCGAGUACAACAUGCCGCAGUACAUCCUGAGAGAGUUCAAGGUGACAGACGCCCGCGACGGACAGUCCCGAACCAUCCGCCAGUUCCAGUUCACCGACUGGCCCGAGCAGGGCGUGCCCAAAACAGGGGAGGGUUUCAUCGACUUCAUCGGACAAGUGCACAAGACCAAGGAACAGUUUGGACAGGACGGACCGAUCACUGUGCACUGCAGUGCCGGGGUGGGUCGCACCGGAGUCUUCAUCACGCUCAGCAUCGUGCUGGAGAGGAUGAGGUACGAAGGCGUGGUGGACCUCUUUCAGACCGUGAAGACCCUGCGCACUCAGCGGCCCGCCAUGGUGCAGACCGAGGACCAGUACCAGCUGUGCUACCGGGCCGCUCUGGAAUACCUGGGGAGCUUCGACCACUAUGCAACGUAACCCCAGGCGCCGAGGUCCGAGUCCCUCAGGAGUGUGCCAUGUGUCCCAUCUCAUCACCCAAACCCCGGAAAAUAAUGUCAUUAAAAAAAAAAAAAAAAAAAAAAAAAACGCCACCCAACCUUUUUGCUUCGGGGAGAGGUGCGUAGAACGGAACCAACCAUGUGACUUUCAUUUUUUUUUUUUUUUGUGCGUCUAAGUCUUGUACAGUUGACAGCGUCACCUGUCCCCCUUCUAGCGGUACCUCCACUCAUUUUUGCAAUGAUUUACUACAUUUAUUGUUUAGUCUACUUUUUUUAAAUCUUUUUUUUUUUUUUUAAUAACAUUGUGUCUUAACAUGGCUCCAGUGCUUUAUUUUAAUAAUUACUACUUUUAAUGUCGUUUUUUUUUUUGCAUUGUUUUUAAAGGUGGUAAAGGGGUACAUUUUAGCAUACUGAUGCUAGAGGCUAAUGUCCUCCGGGCUGGCCGCUGGUUUGCGUUGUUGUCACACGCUCUGGAUUUAGUCAGGAUGAUGACCACAACAAGGGGGGGAAGACGACAAAAAAAAAUAAAUAAAAAACUGCCUUUUCACUCGCUAUUUCCUCAAGGACGAGCACAAAGCGGCUAAUGCUAAGCUAUUACUAAGCUAAGCCUUCAGACGAUGACAGUGUGUACAGGAAAGCAAAGCACAUGACUUUUUUUGUUUUCCUCUGCAAAAAGGCCUUUGUACAGAAUGGACCAUUCCCGUCGGAUGUGACACACACACACACACACACACACACGUACAUUGAUCUUAUUUUAUACAGAAAUAAAACUAUAAAUAAAAAAAUCUAUAUAUAUAUAUAUAUAUAUGAUUAUAUAUAUGUACAAUGAUAUAUCGGUGUACACGCAGCUUGUUCUUGCCGUAUGUACUGUUCCAUUGACAAAAAAAAAAAAUGGACAUAACGCAGCACAACCUCCCUGUUGUCGCCACGCACACACCCUCCGCCAAGAUGGCCACCAGAAGCACACACACGCCUUAAGUGGCGGCGCUGGGUGUAUUGGGAGGUGGAGCUUAAGGGGAGGGCGGCUACUUUGUUUCUUUUUUAGAUCUUGUGAAUGCAUCGUGCUGUAGGGGUUCCACCAGUUGUACACACAAACACACACACAUCUGUUUUUCUAUUUGUUGAUAAAGAACUGGAAUUUCAAAAGAAAACCUGUUAACGAAUGACCACUCGAGUUGUAAGAAAAAAAAGAGAAAAAAAAACAAACCUUGAUGUUAAUAAAGAUACAUAAUUGGG